ACAGUCAGAUACACAACCCUGCUUUAUAAAGCAGGUUCAUUCCAAAUUUAUUUACUAGUCCAAACCGUUUAGCAUACUUCUAAUGGCUCUUCAAUGGCUAAGCUUGGUGGGUGCUAUAUGGCUUCAAUCCAUUAAUGGAACAAACUCUAACUUUCCUGCCUACUCAUCUCAACUCAAGCGCCUCCUCUCUCUGUCCCAACUCCAGUUGAACAACCUUGCCUUUGCCUCUGAUGCCGGAAAGCUCUUCGGUUGGAUUUCCGGUAUGGCCGCAAAUUACCUCCCCCUCUGGCUAGUCCUCAUGAUCGGUUCGCUUCUUGGGCUGAUCGGUUAUGGCAUACAAUAUCUCUUCCUAACAAACCAUAUCUCAUCUUUGUCUUAUUGGCAUGUUCUCUUACUAACCGCUUUGGCUGGAAACAGCAUUUGUUGGAUCAACACAGUUUGCUAUAUUAUCACCAUUCGUAACUUCCCUUUGGACCGUCAAGUCGCCGUGGGGUUAUCAACUAGCUAUCUAGGGUUAAGUGCAAAAAUUUAUACAGAUAUAGUUGAUGCUUUGUUUCCCUCUUCCCCUAGUGAUAGAGCCAAAGCAUAUCUCUUGUUGAACUCAAUCUUACCUCUAGUGUUUUGUGUUGUUGGUGCACCAAUAGUUAGAGAUAUCAAUGGUGGGAAGUCGAGGAAAAUUGAAGUUGGGUUUGUUGUGAUGUUUGUCAUAACAAUGGCAACCGGAACAUAUGCUGUGGCGACUAGUUUCAGCGUAAUAUCAAGCAUGUUGUCGUCGUUGGUGGUUGUGAUAGGUAUGGGGGUGUUUCUUGCUGCCCCUCUCGUAGUUCCAUUAGCUGAACACGCUAUGGAAAGACUUCAAAAGAAAUGCUCGAUAAGAAGAGAGAGAAGAGUACAUGAUCUUAGUGUAGUGGUUGAUGAUGGGGUGGAGACUGUAGAGGAUGGGAAGAAAGUUGGGGAGGGUAAUGUAGUAAUUGAACAUGAGGUCAGUGUGGAGGUAGAGGAGAUAGGAGCGAAGUUGAUGCUAAUGAGGGUUGAGUUUUGGUUAUAUUUCUUUGUUUAUCUCUCAGGGGCAACUCUUGGGCUUGUGUAUUUGAACAACCUGGGUCAAAUAGCUGAAUCUCGUGGGUUCUCCAAGACGUCUUCUCUGGUCUCCUUGUCUUCUUCAUUUGGCUUCUUUGGCCGUCUUGUCCCGUCUUUCCUGUCCUACGUUUUCUCAAGGAAUAAAUGCAUGGCGUCGACACCUGCUUCCAUAGCAGCUAUGAUGGCCCCAAUGUCUGGAGCUUUCUUCUUAUUACUUAGUAGGACCAACCUCUCUCUCUACGUCAGUACUGCUAUUAUCGGCGCCUGUACUGGUGCAAUUACUUCCCUCUCCAUCUCCACAACCACCGAGCUGUUUGGUGCAAAAAAUUUCAGUGUCAACCACAACCUUAUUGUUGCCAACAUUCCUAUCGGAUCGUUCAUUUUCGGUGACUUGGCAGCUCUAAUUUACCGCCAAAAAAGCAAUGGAAGUGAUGGCAGAUGCAUGGGCAUGGAAUGCUAUAAAACCACAUUCAUCAUUUGGGGAUCUCUUUGUUUUCUUGGGUGUUUUCUAGCUUUGAUCCUUCAUGCAAGAACCAAGAAGUUGUAUUCACAGAAGUUAUAGGUGCGAAAAUGGAGAUCAGAUUCUCCAUUCGGAUCCUUUUCUGUCGUCACAUCUCGAGUCACUUUUUUACUACACUAUGGAUCUCUUUAACUUAAUUGGAAAUUCUCUGUUGAAAUUUCUGUGUCCUAAUUCAUACUCAUCCAAAACUAUCAUAUGAAUCACAAGAAUAUCGAGACGUAAUCUUAUGGCUUUGGGAGUGCAUCAGGACAAAAGAGUUCAUUUUUUACGCUCUGAUCUAAUCAUGUCCUAACGGACUUAAUGUAACACUAGUCAGUGAUAUGUAAUAAUGCAUUACUAUAGUUUAUACAUAAGUCGAUACUUGGAUUUAAGAGGAAUUUUGUUGUGCCUUCA